AUGUCAAAUCAUCCAGCAACGCCGCCUCCAAAUCGACAACCGUCGACGUAUGCGACGGGUCAACAGCUUCCAGUUCAAGGUGAAGCCCCCAGAAAUCCUCCGGUGCAAAUGCAAACUGGCCAGUAUCAACAACGACAAAGUCAAUUCGCUGGAGGAUUCAGCAUUCCGAGACCGCAGUUCCAACCGCCGGUAGCGAAUGCCGGUCAAGGUCAACCAUACCAUAAUAAUCCGAAUCCAAAUCCACCGAUACUGCCAGCCAUAAACACUCAGUAUAAUCAUCGAGCCUCAAUGAUGAUGUCUCCGGCCACCUACUCUACCCCAUUUCAGCCCCAUCCCCCUUAUGGUCAAAAUAAUCCUUACUGCAACAUGCCCCAAUCAAUUCUAUCACCGACGGAUCUUCUUCGCAAAUUUUAUGGAACAUGUCACGGAUGCGGCCAACCAAACACUGACUUUGCCGAGUGUCAAUCAUGCAAGCAAUGGCUUGUUCACAUGGAAUCCUUGAUAAACGCGCGCAAGACGUUAGUCCAAAGACAAUUUUGUGAUUUGUGUAAAUUGCCCAAACACGUUCAUCACCAGAUUGCCGCUUGUGGAAAAUGUGGAUUCCCGAGAUCUAACAUGGAAGAAUUGUCAAAGGUGGCUAUCAAGAAAGAGCUGUCGGAUAGUAUUUUUGAAGAUCUCAAGCUGAAGGAACAAUUGGGGUUCGUUUGCACGAAUUGUAACCAGAGUUUAGAGGGAUUUCUAAAAUGCCCGACGUACGGUGAAGUUGCCACACGCAUGAGGAAGGAACGUGAACUAGUGCAAUUCGAGGAUCCGAAUUUCCAAAAGUUGUCCAACAUCGUGAAGGAAUAUGCCGAGAAGGAAAGGAAUUCGAAACCUCUCGUUCAAAAAUCCACAAAACCCAACCUCACGACAAAGGAUUCGGGUGACAAAGUCAAUGAGUUAGCGAACAUGACAAAGGAAUUACACAUCGGUUCCAAAAACGUUCAACCCGUCUCAAACAACCCGAAUGCCUAUCCCCCAAACAAUCAAGGCAAUUAUGAAUACGGAAAAUAUCCUAACCAAAACAAUCAAAGCAAUUAUGGUGGUCCUCUCAAUUCAUAUUCUUCAAAGUGA